AUGGCCACGGCGUGCGACUCGUCGAUAUUUCUAUCUAAUGUCCAUUGUACCUCCACUAUAGAAGCGUCUAUUUACCAUCCAUCGGCUCGUCCAUGGGGGCUCAAAUGGCGCUCUUCUGUCGCUUUCGUUACGUUCGUCGUUGGCCUCGGUAUCACAACAGACUCGAUCGUCUACUCGAUUGUCAUAACCGAUUUACCUUUCUACCUUGAGGGCUUGGGGUAUACGGGCGUGUCGGGCCUAGUUGGGUGGUUGCUUUUCGCCUACUCCGCAGGUUUGGCCAUCAUGACCCCGAUCAUUGCACACAUCUCUGAACACCACACUCUCCGCCAAUCUCCUCUCGUCGUCGGCUGCUUUACGCUCAUAGGCGCACAGAUCAUGCUGAUGUUGGCUCCAACGUAUUGGGUAAUGGUGCUUGCGAGGCUGAUACAAGGGAUCGGAUCGGCAAUGAUUUGGACUGUUGGAUUGGCCUUGCUGUGCGACACCGUGCCGCAGAAAGAUGUGGGACGACAACUCGGCCUCGCGAUGUCCGGCCUGUCUAUAGGACUCCUCGUAGGUUUACCCCUCGGUGGAGCCCUCUAUGGUCGGUGGGGCUACCAUGCUCCGUUCUACUUCGGUAUCAUCGUCACUUUCAUAGACCUGAUAUCUAGGUUACUCGUCAUUGAGAGGAGGGAUGCAAUCAGAUGGGGAGUCGAUCCUGCGUCAGACGGCACGGUAGACGCUGAAAAAGAAUCGGAUGAGAAGGGUUCUGAAUCAACGGGUAUUGGUGAGACUCGUGGCGCCAUGAGUUCUGCACACGAGCUCGAAGAAUCGACGGUCGAAGGGAGAGUCGUAGGUGAGGUAACAGGUGAUCAGGCUAUUGAUGAAAAGGAGAGGAACGAAGAAAGGGCGGAGUUACAAGCUACAACGCCCCCUGGGAUCAACGAGAGCUCAUCAGUGUCACAGAGCAAGAACCUGUCAAUCUUGAAGGUCAUAACUAUCUUGAUGAACACCCCGAGGGCGACAACGGUGUUUUUCUUCAUCAUGGUAUAUGGAGUCAUGUACGGCGGGCAGAACUCUAUCAUCACUCUUCAUCUCCAAGCCAUCUGGAACCUCGACUCUACGAAAGUUGGCCUCGUCACGCUGGCCUCGGUUAUCCCUACUCUUAUCUCAUCGCCGAUGGUAGGUUGGUUAGCCGAUAGGAAAGGGAAUGAGUGGGCCACUGCCAUAGGUUUGAUCCUCGCGUUACCUUGGUGGGGCCUCAUCACAAUCGACAUAUCGUUGGCUUUAUUCAUCGUUUGUUUUGCGCUUGAGAGUAUGCUCAUGUCUGCCGUGCUUUCCCCUGUGUCGAGUGAGCUAGCUACAGUCAGCCGGACGAUAGAUGGCAUUGGAUACGCCCAUGUGUACGGCGCAUUCAACUUCGUCUAUGGUAUCGGAGCGUCCAUUGGACCGGUGCUUGGAGGACAGAUGUACCAACACGUCCCCAACAAUCGAGGCUGGCUAGCGUUCAACUUCGUCGCUUUCGGACUGGUGAUUGUGUCCAUUGGGCUGACGUUUGCGUAUACCGGCGAUAGACCUUUGGCGGGACGGUUGAGAACCGGACUGAGUGGCGUGUGGCGCGGUGACCGAGAAAUCGAGACAUGAGGGUUCUGGAGAGCGUGACGAACCAUCGCGUACGAGCACGAGCUGCAGUUGGAGCCACCUAACAACUCUUUGUCUCAUAGACGAUUCAUGAUCAAAAAUAACGAAUUGUAUGAGAGACAGAUUACUUAUACAUGGCCAUCUCUUUCUCUGGGCGCGCUGCAGUGA